GCUCCCUACGGAGGGCAAGGGGAGGCGGAAAUGGAAGGGUUUAACGCGCACCUGCUCGCCCCUGACCCAGCGGCCGCUGGAGAAGGCGUUGAGGACGGAGUUGAGGGCAGUGCUUGUUGGGGAGGUUGAGAGCCGGGCUCCGACCUGGAGGUGAAGCGGGGUCGCGGCGGCCGGCUGACCCGCCUCUGUGUGUGUGUGUGUGUGUGUGUCCAAGCAGGGAGGUAUGGAGAACUGUUUGGCGGCUGCGGCGCUGAACGGGGUAGACCGACGUUCCCUGCAGCGCUCCGCUAGGCUGGGUCAAGAAGUGCUGGAGCGGGCCAAGAGGAGGGCGGUGGACUGGCAUUCGCUGGAGCUUCCCAGAGGCAGCGUGGGGUUCAUUUCCCGGGAGCGGCCCCAGCGAGAAAAACGGCCCCAGCGCCUUCUCCCAGCAGAGAGAGAAGAAAGACCCCCAACCCUCAGUGCUUCCUUCAGAACAAUGGCUGAAUUCAUGGGCUAUACUUCAAGUCAGUGUGGGAAAUAUUAUUCAUCUGUGCUAGAGGAAGGAGGGGCAACCCACGUCUAUCGUUAUCACAGAGGGAAGUCGCAGCUGCACUUGUGCCCGGACGUAGGGACUGGUCAGGCUGAGAAUAUCUCUACAGACCUAUACAUAGAAGUAUAUCCAGGGACCUAUUCCGUCACGGUGGGUGCAAAUGACUUAACCAAGAAGACUCAAGUGGUGGCAGUUGAUUCAGGACAAAGUGUGGACUUGGUUUUUCCCAUAUGAUGUUGACCAUCACAGUACCUUUUUUAAAGUAGCAAGGAGAAUAAAGCCACCAUAUGAGCCUCUUAAUAUUUGCACAUUAAUCCUGCUUUUAGGGUUACCCUCUUGCUGAAAUGAUGAUGCUGUCUAAAUACUUUUUACUGCUUGCUUUCCAAGUAAAGGUUAAUUAUUAUAAUAAAAG